UGAACAAGGUCAACAAGAACCUUGCGAAAUCCACGGGACAAAUGCAUAUCAAGGGUCGUAAGUUUAAACAAUUGAAUCGUGCAACCUUAAGAGACCAAAAGAUUACAGCCAAAAAGAUGAAGCAUCAAGAACAAAAGGACAACGAGUUGAGAUUCAUUGUCCAUCUUCAAGAAAAAGUGAACGAGGAACCAGAGAAGGUGACUUUCGGCUUGCAAGAUAUGAAGGAUUUCGUUGAAAGUUAUAUUAGUAAAGACGAUGAUGAAAUAAAAGAACUACAAGAGGAAAGAAGACCUGGAAGACCAGCAACAGCAAGACAGAAUAUCUUGGAAGAGAAGAGAAAGCACGACCAACACAUAUACGAUACCGGAUACAAGUUGCCUGAUUUGAGUGAUAAACAAACGGUUGAAAGAUUGAGACUCUGGAAUGGUACCCACGGAGGAGUCACCAUCAUGAAGUACAUUCACAUUCACAAGGAUAUGAAGGACUUACCUACCAAAGAAGCAGAAAUGAAAGAUUAGUUUUAUUAAAGGCUUUGUUUUGGCCCUUGUAUAUUAGUUUAGUUCAAUUUCUUAUCGUUACAUUAGGUUAACUUUUUCAAAAAAGUUUUUUUUUUUUCGCAGCAUUAAAUAAAGUCAUAUUCUACACUUACU